AUGUUUGCAAUUGCUGGACAGUCUUUUCUCCACACAUCUCAACAUGCAAUCGUGUUUGCUGACGACUUCUCCCCACAUGUCACCGGACGCUCGGAACAACCCCGUCAGGUGGUCAUCGCGCAUUCCGGUGACCCACUUAUGGCCGAGCAAGUCCUCAGCGAUGCGGUGACCCAGCCAAGGGGCCGCUCCUUACGCGGUUUCUCUCAACAGCUGAUUAAAGCAUCCUGCGCACAGGAAGCAACCUGGCCCCUUUCCUGCCCCAGGCCAGGGUCGGCUCGGCCCCUCCCGCCUGGUGACCCAUUGUCCCCUUCCUUCCAGUGCCGGGAGUACGAGGGCGGGGUGCUGGUGGGAGACCUGUGUGAGGACCUGUGCGUGGCGGGGAAGCUGCUUUACCAGCGCUGUCUCUACUACGAGAGGGGCAAGAAGGUGCUGCAGGCCGACUGGCGCGGCCGCCCCAUCAUCCUCAAGUCCAAGGAGGAGGCCUUCUCCAGCUUCCAGCCGCUCGGCCUGCUGGAGGACGCGGCCGACGAGGGCGGCCAGGGCGUCCCCGAGGCAGAGCUGCUCCUGCUGGUGGCCGGCGAGGUCAAGAACGCCCUGGGCCUGGAGCUGUCCGGCGGCAGCCUGGGGCCGCUGUGGCCGGGCAGGCGCGGCCCUCGCUGGCGGGGGCAGCUGGCCAGCCUGUGGUCCCUGCUGCAGCAGGAGGAGUUCGUCCUCUUCAGCCUGCUGCAGGACCUGAGCCGGCACGCCCUGCCCGUGCUGGGCUCCUGCGGCCACUUCUACGCGGUGGAGUACCUGGCCGCUGGCAGCCCCCGCCACAAGACCCUCUUCCCCCUCGAUGGGGCUGCAGGGGCGCCCCGGGGCGGCCAGGGCCAGGCCAAGGCCGUCAGCGACAUGGCGCUCAGCUUCCUGGACAUGGUGAGCCACUUCGAGGACGACUUCUCUCACCGCCUCCACCUCUGCGACGUCAAGCCUGAAAACUUUGCCAUCAGGAGUGACUUCACGGUGGUGGCCAUCGACGUGGACAUGGCCUUUUUUGAACCUAAAAUGAGGGAAAUUCUCGAGCAAAACUGCACGGGAGAUGAAGACUGCAAUUUCUUUGACUGUUUUUCAAAGUGUGAUUUGCGUGUCAACAAGUGCGGAGCGGAAAGAGUCAACAGCAACCUGCAGGUCAUCUGUGACAAGAUAUUCCGCCACUGGUUCUCCUCGGGUCUCGGGAGCUCAGGCCUAUCCUUCUCGCUGCAGCGACAGUUGCGGGAGGCGGUGCAGGAAUGCGCCGACCCCCGGCACACCGCCCACAGCUCCCCGAGAGCAGCCUCCGAUGUGUUCAGGAAGCUUCGACGCCUCCUCCGAGCCACGCAGAAAGAACUGCAGGAGGCGGAGAAGUAGCGGCUGCUGUGGCCUCAGGCGGAUUCCCUCCAGUUCGCAGUUGUAAGGAGGAGACAUUCCUCUAGGCAAACAACAGCCCCCUCCGGUGUCCCCAUGUCCCCGUGCUCUCCUGCGGAGCCAGUGGUUGAUGCUCUGCGGACUCCACGCUGGCAGCCACGACAGGCACUUCUUCUCUCCCCUCCUGGCCUCAUUCACUCGUUUGGGGCUACCACCCUGGCCUGGACCCGUCACCCCUGUAAAGAUGACACGAGGGAGGAGGGCGCAGAGUGGUUCACUUCUGGAGCCUCUCAGUCAGGAAACGGCACAGACCCUGUGUGCUGUUACUCUGAGGAACGUGCUGGGCUCCAUGGCUAGAGAGGGAGCGUUGCAGCUGGCCUCCCUGCCAACGUUCCCGCCUUCCAAAACAUGCACGUGAGUGUGUGCACAUGAGCAAAUGCAGGUGUUUGCAUAGGUGCACUGGCACGAGUGUGUCUGCGUGAGUGUGCACGAGUGUGAGUUGUACCGGUGUGUGUAUGCCUACGGGAGUGUGAGCAGGUGAGUGUGGGAGGCUCUGGGGUAGGGGAAGGCGGUCUCCCCAGCCUGCCUUCUGGGUCAGCUUGCCUGGCUGCAUUUUGGAAUUAUACAUAAUAAAAUACAAAAGUUCCAUCUUUAGGACACAUCACUUGUAAUGAGAGGCUGUGUAAGGACAGCAUAUAGCAGUUUUCGUCUGGAGGAGCGCAUCGAUAUUAUGGAUUGUGUUUUAAGGGAGCGCUUUACCGCUUGCCCCAGAGAAUCUGCCUAAGUAGCUCGAGUGCCGAGGUCAGGCAUUGACUUCGGGCGGGGUCAGAGGCCAGCACCUUCCUGUCUAUGAAAUGAAUACCAAGUCCUAGGCGCCGCGCCGGGCUGGCCGAUGCCGACAGCGGAGUCCUGGUGAAGUUCUCCUGCAGGGGCUGAGACUCGAGGAAACCUCCUUGCGGUCCGUCCCUGGGCAGGCGGGCAGGCGGAUGAAGCCACGGGGAGCCAGCCAGGCGCCACUGGGAGGGAACUCGGUUGUACUGCGCACCUGGGAGCAGCAGGUGUAUCACAAGAACUGGCUGGUCUCCCUAAAAGUAAUUGAGAAAGAUGCUAGGAGAGGAGAAGGAAGUUGUUGAUGGCUUACAAAUCAAAGAAGACAAAGUGAUCUGAAGUUCAAAAAAAUCACAGAUUGACAAAUUCCAAGUGAUCUCUUUUUUCCUUGCCCAGCCCCUUCCCGUGGAGACAAAGAGGAAUCCCGUACCUGUGCUCAUUUGGAUGCAUUUCUCCAGGCCCUGCCCUGAGCCCUCGCCUGGGCUCACUUGGACCGUCUGCGAGGGAGAGAAAACCGAAGGCUCCACCCCCUCUGAGUUCUGUGACUCCCAAGCACUCCUGUUUGAGUGCCCAUGGCCACCUGCAGUCCCACCCUCACCUGUCACCACCAGCACUCUAAUCGUGUGUAUGAACGACUUGCUCUGCAUUUGGUCUUUGGCAGGAAGAAAAAGGCGUGACAACCACUUUUGUGGCAGAAGGUAUCUUAAAACUAGUUUGGUGCACAGCCCUUGGACUAGUAGAUUCUACAAGAAAAGAGAACUGGCUCCUGUCUACUGAGCGGAGACCCCUGUGUGUCCAGGGCUGUACUCUGUGCAGUGGUUUUCGGCAGUGGGGAGGGUCCCUCUGAACCCUGCGAACCUGCUGGUCAGCUUCUGUCUGGAGCGAGGUUUGCAUGAAAUGGGAUGUGAAACGAAGGGUGAGCGAGCAAGGGAGGGGCAGGGGCUCUCCGUCUGUGUCCCUACGACAGUUGGCUUCUGCAAUGGGACAGCAAACGGGUCUCCUGUGGGCUGACCCUGGGAUUGCAGCGCUUCAGUAGUGUUGGCUCUGAGCCAGCUGACCGGACAGCAAAGCUGGGUCAGGAAAGGGAAAAUGUUCCUUUUCAUUUAGACCAAAAUGGAAGCAAAUGUUUUUGUU